AUGGCGAAACUGAGACGGAAAGGGAGCGUCUUUACCGCGCCGGACUUCCUCGACGAACCCAUCGAAGAGCGUGUCCGCAUCGCGCAAGAGGAGGUUCUCGACGACCCAGCUUUCAACGGCUUUGACGUAUUGGCGCUUCGCAAUAACAUGAAGUUCCUCUCCGCCAUCCCCGGCCGGACCGAGUUCGAGGUGGAGAUUCUCCCGCACCUAUGUAACAAGAUGGGAACGCUUCAUGGCGGGGCAGCAUGCACGAUCUUGGACAACCUGACAUCCACGGCGCUUUUCACCAUCGCGAAGCCGGGCCUACUCGACGGGAACCACAUCAGUCGCACUAUCACCAUGACUUACCUACGACCCAUUCCACGAGGGGCAACUGCGAGAGUCGUAUGUCAGGUAAUGGCGGCGGGUCAACGGACCGCCAAUGUCAGGGGGGAACUCAUAUACAAUGGCAAGGUCUGCGCGACUUGUAUUCACGACAAGGCGGUGUUGCCUCGUCAGGAGUCAAAGCUGUAG